AUGGAUUUCAUCAAGACCAGUUCCCUGCGUGCUCUGAUUGAGUUAACUUUCCAACGCAACUGGAACGGCCUCAUUUGGAUGAGUAGAAAAGGAGUUAUAGCCAAAAGAGUGAAGACUGUCCAGCCAGCUCUAUCGAGAAUCAGCGCCCAACCGCGCAGACCGGCUGGCCGAGGAACGAAUGUUCCGCGCUCGGCCAAAACGUCCCCCGCGGUCGGCCAGCCACAACCGUCACGCCACGCCGCGCACGACCAUGCCGCGCGAGCCGGGAACAAGCCUCGCGGCCGCGCAACCUACUCGCGUACCACGGCCGAUGUCCGUCCGAGCCGGGAAAACGUCCCACGUCCGGCCGAGAAACCAUCGGCCAAAUUCAUCCGUCCGACCACACCGGCCGACCGUGAAAUCAUCCGGCCACGACCGUUCCGACUCGGCCACAGACCCGACUGUCCGGCCGAUCGUCCCGACCGACCGUCCGAACGCCGCGGUCGACCCGAAGCCGUUUUUGAAGCCCAAUCCGCACAAUUCAAGCCCAAAGCCGGCGCCGACCUAGCUAGAUUAGCUUGUAGUGUGCAAUCUGGUCCUCGUGUUCGAUACCCGUUUACUACUUCUGACCUGUGCACUUGCAGAAUCAGGGAUAGGAAAGGAAGACCUGAUCCCGCGAUCAAGUUUUUGGCGCCGUUGCCGGGGACCAAUUCGCACCUACAAGUUUUCCUAGUUAGAUAUGGAGAAGGAUUCACAAGUCCUUGUUCCUAUAAAGGCGAUCCACUUCGCCACAUACCACCUCAAAGAACCUCUUGGACGAACAAGAGAUGUCAAGCCCUCAAGCACCACCACCUUCUUGGGAUAGUCCUCCAAACUAUCUCCUUGAAGACAAAGAAGAAACUUCUUCCCUACCUUGAAGCAGCCGACCUGGAGACGUCUAGCCAAGCCGCAUCUUACAGAGAAGAACACCUUCUAGCCACACCAGAAGAGGAGAUUGACCCUGAGCUGAUCGAGUUCGUGAAGAGAGAUCAAUUCCAUGAUCUGUUUUCAGAGUAUGCGCUGGAGCAUAGAUCACUUUGA